UGAUGUUAUAAUGUAUAGAAUAAUGCAGUUUAAUGACUGUACCCACUGUCCUUUAAAUAACAGUCACAUUGUGAAACCUACAAUAUAACCCAAUGUAUUUGACUGUUACUGGCUCAGAUAAGUAUGUAUAUUAGAUUGUAAUGUGUAUGGAACAAUGGAAUUAUUCAUGAGUUUUAUUUGAUUUGAUAUCUGCAUUAAAUAUCGACCAUCAGCCGCCCUGCUCUCUAAAUAUCAGCAUUAACCAUUAAAACCAUAUCAGUCCACCACUAAUACUGUACUAAUGAAAUAUUUUAAUAUCAGUGUUUAAUGAUUCUGUAACAGGAAGUGUAAAUAUGAUGUUUGUCUCUGCAGGAGAGUCUAAUGUGAUUGGCUCAGACAAACCAGUUACAGUAACAGUCGGUGAUAACGUCAUCCUGCCAUGUCACCUGGAGCCUCCAUUCGAUGUGACGACUCUAACAGUGGAGUGGAUGCGUGAUAGAGAAUAUGUGCAUGUCUAUAGAAGUACGAAGGAUGAUCCAGGUUCUCAGGAAAAGAACUUCAGAGGUAGAACAUUUCUCUUCCAUGAAGAAAUGAUCAGAGGAAACAUUUCACUAAAACUGACCAACGUAACUGAACUGGAUGCUGGAAGUUACACCUGCAAUGUUCCCAAACUGGAAAGUCAGGUCAGGAAAGGCUUCAUUAACCUCACUGUUGAGCCAGUGGAGAACAGGAACAAAGGAGGUCAGACUGAUGAUAUCAGUGGUGACACUGGUAAUACCACUGGUGCUAUAACUGGCAUUGCUAUUGGUGUCAUUGCUGUCAUUGCUGUCAUUGCUGGCAUUGUUGCAUUGGCUGUAUUGUGGAUGAAACGUAGAAAUAGAAGACAAGAGAGAGAAUAUCGUCCUGUACGGAUGGACAAUGAUGCGGUCACUAUACCUAUGCCCAACAUAAAUACCAGAGGACAAGGGGCCAAUGCUGGAGCCAGUGACGGGGCCAAUGUUGGGGCCAAUAUGGGGGCCAGUGAUGGGGCCAGUGAUGGGGCCAAUGUUGGGGCCAAUAUGGGGGCCAGUGAUGGGGCCAAUGCUGGGGCCAAUGCUGGGACCAGUGACGGGGCCAAUGUUGGGGCCAAUAUGGGGGCCAGUGAUGGGGCCAAUGUUGGGGCCAAUAUGGGGGCCAGUGAUGAGGCCAAUGCUGGGGCCAAUGCUGGGACCAGUGAUGGGGUCAAUGCUGGGGCCAAUAUGGGGGGCCAUGAUGGGGCCAAUGUUGGGGCCAAUGUGGGGGCCAGUGAUGGGGCAAGUGAUAGGGCCAGUGAUGAGCACAAUGAUUGGGCCAGUGCUGGGGCCAAUGCUGGGGCUAAUGCCGGGGCCAGUGAUGAGCACAAUGAUGGGGCCAGUGCUGGGGCCAAUGCUGGGGCUAAUGCCGGGGCCAAUGAUGGGGCCAAUGUUGGGGCCAGUGAUGAGGAAUGUCAACUAGCAUUUGAUGAUGACUGUUGAUUCUUUGACCCAGACACUGAAUGAAAGAAAGUCUUUUAGUCCAUCCACAUAUAUUUAUCAGGUGUGUUAUGAGUUAUUAUUAUUAUCAUUAUUACUAUUAACUCUAUUAUCUUUUUAUUCUGGUGUCAAACUCAUUAGAUAAACAUUGGUUUUCAAAGCUGGGUUAACAGGUAGAAGGUAGUGUUCUUCUGUUUGACCUCAUGAUGGCGCUGUUUUCUGUACCAUCAAUAAAAUCUACUUAAAGUAUCAAAUGUAGACACCAAGGUCUCAUUGUGCAGUAAAAUGGUCCCUGUCAGUGUCUGACUGUUAUAUCUGAUGUUUCGGAUUAAUGUCAUGUUAAUGUUGCAUUGUAACUCCUUUAUACACUGUCGCUGUCCUAUGAGAACCACGUAUCUGUAAAAAGACCAAAAAACAGCCUGUUUUCAGCGUUGUGACGACGCAUUUUCCAGAUAAUCCAAGAUAAUUGAGUGUCAUACUGUCAGUAUGAGAGUUUACGGUAGGCUGUAUGUGUAAGAUAUUACAGGAUAAACAUUAAAUAGAACGAGACGCAAAAAAAAUGUUUUUUUUUUAUCAUAUUCAUCAUUUUUUGUAUUUGUUAUUGUUGAUGAUAAUUGGUCAUUGUGAUAUAUGGAUUAAUCUGCAGAGGUCAGAAGUGACAAAAUACAAUCUCUAUCUAUUAUUAUAUUAUUUAUUUUUCUGAUAGCUUUUUACCUUCUAUUUGUUCACACAAAUAAUUGAACUUUCUACUCCUUACAGUUUAAAAAAAAAAAAGGUUACAUCAUUUUAUUCAUCAUAGCAUGCCUUCCAUGAUGAAACAGACAAGAAAGGAAGAAGGUUCAGUUAGCUUUGCACUUUUAUACUUUACAUUUCAGAGCCUGUACGUUUUACUUGAGUAAAGAAGUUGAAUCAGUACUCCUACUUUUACUGUGUGUGCUGUGUUUUACUGAGUGUUUUUUACCUUUGGUACCUUUGCCAGCUCUGCAUGUGGGUCACAGCAGAGUUAGCAACGUUUGAAGAAACAAAUAUUCUUGAUUAAAAUGCAGCUGCAGGGAAUUGUUCAGAUGUGUUGAUUUUAUAAACCACUGCAGGGACAGAGUCGAUGUCUCUGUCCAAUGUCAGUUUUUAUUGUUUUUGUUAUUGUGUUGUUUCGCUUCAAGUUAUCUUGUUUUUUCUGCCCUGUGAAGAACUUCAGUUUACUGUAUAUAAAAUGUCUGUUUUAUUAUAGAACCUUCUGAUUUGGUCAAAUAUUCACAGCUAAACUCACAUUGGACACUGGAAGGAUGAAACUGUGAUUGUUGUUUGUUAAUAAAAAGAUUAGUAGACUUGUAA